AUGGCGGCCCCCGUCCUUCCGCCGACGCAGGUCAAGCUGCCUCAGCUGCCCGCAUCGCAAUUAAGCCCCGAGCAGCUACACUGGAAGACGUUCAAAAAUCCUCUUCUCAUUCCCUCACCGGCAAACGGCCCUGUCAAUUUCAUCACACAGCCCUCUGCGCCGUCAUCUGCCUCCGCAUUUCCCUCCCUAACACAGCCCCCCGACGUCUUCACCGUCACAACCGGCGCCCGCGUCCAGAUCUACUCCAUCCGCACACGAAAACUCCUCCGAUCGAUUACACGAUUCGACGAUACCGCGCGAGGCACAGAUGUUCGCCCCGAUGGCCGGAUUGUCGUGGCCGGUGAUGACACGGGUACAGUACAGGUUUUUGACGUCGGGUCGCGAGCGAUUCUCAAGACAUGGAAAGACCACAAGCAGCCCGUCUGGGUGAGCAAGUUCUCGCCCAGCGAUCCGACGUCUGUUCUUUCAGCAAGCGACGACCGCACUGUGCGAUUGUGGGAUCUCCCUAGUGAAAACAGUGUCAAGACCUUUGUUGGCCACUCCGACUAUGUGCGCACUGCGGCUUUCAUGCCAGGCUCGUUGGCUUCAUCGGGCUCAUUACUUUCUGGUAGUUACGAUCGAACGGUGCGCUUGUGGGAUCCUCGUGUGGAGGGCCGAUCUGCCAUGACAUUCAAGAUGGGUGCGCCGCUUGAAAGCGUUCUUCCGAUGCCGACGGGGACGACGGUGCUUGCAGCGGCGGACAACAAGAUUGCUGUUCUGGAUAUUGUCGCUGGAAAGCCGCUGCAUAUGAUUCAGAGCCACCAGAAGACGGUUACUUCGCUUUCUUUGGCCUCUGACGGGCAGCGGUUACUGAGUGGUGCUCUUGAUGGCCACUUAAAGGUUCAUGAAACGACCGGGUGGAACGUUGUCGCCGGCUUCAAGUACCAGUCUCCGAUUUUGUCUCUGUGUGCGAUCACAUCCGGAUCAACUCGAGAAGACAAGCACAUCGCCGUCGGUAUGCAGUCUGGUCUUCUCUCGAUCAAGACACGACUGUCCGGACAACAGAAGACGCGGGAGCGAGAGCGAAAGAAGGAGAUGGAUGCUUUACUCGAGGGCAGGAUUGAGGAGCACGACAAGAAGACGAAGAAGCAAAAGGGUUCUGCCUGGAAGCGACGCUGGCGCGGACUAGACUUCGUCGGCGAGGGCGUGGACAUUGUCAUUGAGGGAAACGAGGCGAGAAGGCGCAAGAAGGAGAAGGGUUGGGAACUCGACCUCCGCAAGGGACGCUACUCCGCUGCGCUUGACCACGUUCUCGCUACAAACGACAAGCUUUCCCAGCUUACUCUUUUCGCAGAGCUCCGGCAUCGCUCGGCACUCCGUGCGGCGCUGCGGGGACGAGAUGAGGUGACACUCCAGCCGGUCUUGCAGUGGAUAUACAAGAACAUCACGGAGCCAAGGCUCGUGGCGCUUAGCGUCGAAAUUGCGAUGAACCUGUUGGACAUCUACUCAGGCAACCUCGGGCAGUCAGAACAGAUCGACAAGAUGGUGGAGCGGCUACACUGGCGCGUGCGAGACGAGGUGGACUUUGCGCACCAAGCAUUUGAGACGAAGGGGAUGUUAGACAUGCUACGCGCAUAA